AUGUUCGGCCAGUACAAUCACUACGUGUUGAGGGAAACCGCCCAGAUGCCACUGAUGCGCUUCACGAUGCCCCGGGUCCCCAAGAUGAUUGAAGCCAUCUGCCCCGGCUGCUUCAAGGGGUUCACCAAGAUAGGCAGCAUGCACCGCCAUGCUUAUGAAGACCGAUGCCCCAACCCCGUGCCGCAUUUCGUCGCCAAAGUCAAAGCUGAGCACAGAGCGCGUGUUACCGCCGCUGCCGCCCGGUCCAAAGCGCGCAAGGCAGCCCGUGCUUCGCGGGCUGAUCCGCGUCCCGUCGCCCCGACCCCGGCCGGGGGUGAUCGCCCUGGCCGGGCUAGGGAGGCCAGCAAGGGCCGUGGCCCGGCUUUGAUGAAGAACGAACAUGGCUCGCACUUUGUUCAGCAGAAAAAACUGGUGGAGAUGCACCAACAACACGACACUUGUACGGUGGUCAAAACAGAACCAGAUCUGUUGAAUUUCGACUUCAACUGUCUCACCACCACCUGGGAAGGGGUCUGCAAAAGUGAGCCACAGUGGCCUUAA